UAGAGAUCGAUAUCUAUCGGUUUUCCGAUAAAUUGUUACACAUUAUUAAGCCUUAGUUUUUUUGCCUUUGCUUUGUUUUAAAAUGAAACGAAUCAUAAUUAUUUCACUGUCACGCGAAAAAAAUUUUGUACGACAGACAAUGGCUGUAUGAGCGAAGCUCUUUUCGCCUUUCCUUUACGGACAUAUCUAAAAAAAAAGGUCACUGUCACUUCAUACUUUAUUUAUUUAUUUCAUUUGUUUGCAUCAAGUUACCGUUUCAUGAUGUAAACAAAAUUAAAAUUCAAAACAAAAGAAGAAAUUUAGUAAAAUUUACUCUUUGCAUUAAUAUGCAAAGUUCACAAGUUUCUAACUUAGAGAGAAAUGUAUAUUUUAAACAACUUCACGCCCAUUAACACUUAUUGAUUUUAUUGUAUUGAUUUAAUUCAAAGUGCCGUAAUACUACAACAUACAAUCAAGUGCUUUUCGUCUAGGGAAAUGGCAAAUUUACUAAAAUCUGUAAUAAAAGCUUCUGAAAAAGGAGCAAGUAUUGCAAGAUCUUGUGUUGGAGUAAAAGACAUUGAAGACGCUCUCUUAAUUGCCGAAAAAUGUGAAGGCGAAGCCAAUACACGCUUUGAUAAAGAUUUUAAAACGAUCGCCGAUGUGUUGGUACAAGAAACUGCAAAAUCUAUCAUAGUCAACGAUUUCCCAGAUUUAAAAGGUCAUGUAAGAGGUGAAGAGUGUGCUGAAAUAGGUGGACAAAAGAUUAAACUGCUAGAAACUGAAGCAAAAACAGAAGAACUUUUACGGUUACUUGUUACGUCUAAUCUAGCAUCAAGAAUGGCAAAAGCAGCUCAUAAUGAUAACCCAAAUAUUGAUUUUAGUGAUAUUCCUGAUGAUAUACCUGAAGUAGAUACUACAGAUAUAGGUAUUUGGAUAGAUCCUAUAGAUGCAACUGCAGAAUUUAUAGCUGGAGUUCAAGGGACAGCAAAGUCUGGAAGUGGUCUUGAAUGUGUUACUGUUUUAAUUGGAGCAUACCUGAGAUCAACAGGUGAACCUGUUAUAGGAGUAAUCAAUCAGCCAUUCUACAAAAAUGGUAUGGGGAGAAUUCUUUGGGGUUUAAGCUAUAAAGGAAUACAAAAAUGGGGUGGAACACAUGUCAAUGCAACUAGUCCCAAUAAUAUUAUUCUUAUGAGUAAUGCAGAAAACAGUGAAAUAAAGCAAAAACUUAUAAAUUUCCCUUAUAAUAUUGAUACUGCACCUGGAGCUGGUUACAAACUUAUGAAAGUUAGCCAGGGUGAGGCAAUAGCUUAUAUACUCUCAAAAGGUACAACUUUUCUUUGGGAUACAUGUGCGCCUCAUGCAAUACUAAGAGCAAGAGGUGGAGAUAUUAUAACUUAUAAAUCUCAGGAAUCUGUCAAAUAUAACAUUCCAGAAUGUAAUGAUAAUCAACAGUACUGCAAUUCUAAUGGCAUUAUUGCUUACAACGAUCGUGUAACAUUCAAUGAGUUCAAAGUAGCCUUGGAAUGAAUUACUUUAAGAACAAUUAUUUUAAAUCCAAAAAUUUAGAUUCUAUAGGAAGUGAAUAUAGUAUUUUGUCAAAAUAUCGAUUUCAAGUUAAAAUAUAUCUUAAACAACUUAAAAAUGCAGUUUUUAGGAAAUCUUUCAUUAAAUUGAUGUUCUAAAUUUGAAAAUUUUUAUUGAUAAUUGAUCAGUUGCAACAAACAUCCAUUGAGGUUUAAUGACGCCUUUAAGCUCUAAUUAAUGGCAAAUUUGAAUGGGUGAUGUUGCUUUAAACUAAUGUCAAUUUUAAUGGAUGUUUGUGCAACUGACUGUAAGAAUCUCAAUUUAAGUAUUUAUGUGUUAAUUUUCAUCUAGUCAAGUUAUAUAUAGUUAUUAAGUUUAAAGUUAUUUUGUUCACCUUUAUGUAUGACAGUACUCAGAUCAGAAAUGUCAUUUGUACCCUUAGUGAUACUCUAAGGUGCUCCAUGUUUGUACCUGUUAUUUAGUGUUAUUGUCAUGUUGGUAUGAAUAAAUAAAUAAAAUUGUGAGAUUAAUGUUUAUUAAAGUUACAUAACUCUUUCAGGCUUCAGAAUCAGAGCUUGAGCUUUUACUACUUUUUUUCUUCUUCUUUUUCUUUUUAGAUUUUUUCUCUUUGUUUUUACUUUUUACAUCCUUUUCCUCUUUUUCCUGCAAUUAUAAAAAUACAUAUAUCAUAAAUAUAAUACUUGUUUUUUGGAAUAAAACUCAUAAAUGGUAAGUACCAGUGGCAUAAAGUGCCUUGGUGUUGCCCUUUAUCAAAAUAAGUUUGUUAAUAAUACCUUCUUGAUUAUUGGUUCUGAUUUAAUUAUCUGUGAAGGAGCACAGCCAUCAGUUCUUAUAGCUGCAGUCAAUUCAUCUACUUUUGUCAUGUCAGCAUUUGGAGCACGAUAUUGUUCACAAUGAUCUACCCGAAUUGUGCGUCCUAAGAUCUAAAGAAAAGAUCCUAUUAUUAUCAUGAUUUGUAAGAAAUCAUGUCAAUCAUUACUGUAAUGAUACACUUACUUUAAUUCCAUUUAAAUUAUCUACAGCAAGAAUAGUCGACCUUUGAUCCUCGUAACAUAUAAAUGCAAAUCCUCUUGAUUUACCUGUUUCUUUAUCUCGUACCAAAUUUAUGUUAACUAUUUCACCAUAUCUAAAACAUUUUUCUUGUUUUAAAAAACAGUGCACAGUAAUAAUAUAUUCAAAUUAUAGUCUGUAUCUAAAUGUGAUAAUAAUGUACCAGAUAGAUUUCACAUGGUUUACAAUUACUAGGAGGAUCUAUUUGCUGCAGGGUCUGGAAAAUUUCUUUUAAAGGAAUCUCAGGUAAAAUCCAUUUUAUAUAAAGUAAAUAAAUAAAUAGGAGACACAUGAAAGAAGUGUGACGUGGGUAGUAUCUUGGGUUAAUUAUUUAGCAAUAUAUUUUUAAUCUUACUGUGAAAACACGGAAAUAACAUCCCCUUCAGUUAGGUCAUAAGGCAAACCUCCAAUAAAUAUCCAUGCACUGUCUUUAUAUUGAUCAUGCCAUGAAGUUUUUGAGUUACCGGAUAGCUCGCGUUCACUUAAUUUAAGAACAUUCUUCACAUUUCUGCAACAAUUCAAAAUAAAGAUUUUAUGUUAAAUCGAAGAUGUAGAUAUGGGUAAUAUUAUUGAUUGUACAUACGUCAUAGGAUUCAUUUUAAAGUUUUGUGUAAAAACAUAUCUUAAUUAUUUGACAGUCAAUCCAGUCUUCACAAUCGCAUUCCUCUUUUUUUUUUAUUAAUGGCCAGUCUGUCGAAAUUCCGUACAAAAAUAUCCACAGAUUAUACAGAUAGGAAUCAACUAGCGAUGGGCAAUUAUUACC